CCUGGGCCGCAGGAGCGUGCUGAGCGUGCUGUGUUCAGUGUGCCAGGUGAUCGGCAUGUACGACUACACGGCGCAGAACGACGACGAGCUGGCCUUCAGCAAGGGCCAGAUCAUCACCGUGCUCAGCAGGGAGGACCCCGACUGGUGGAAGGGCGAGGUCAACGGCCACGUGGGGCUCUUGAGCGUGCUGAGCGUGCUGUGUUCAGUGUGCCAGGUGAUCGGCAUGUACGACUACACGGCGCAGAACGACGACGAGCUGGCCUUCAGCAAGGGCCAGAUCAUCACCGUGCUCAGCAGGGAGGACCCCGACUGGUGGAAGGGCGAGGUCAACGGCCACGGUGUGGGGGGGUCCCUGGGCCGCAGGAGCGUGCUGAGCGUGCUGUGUUCAGUGUGCCAGGUGAUCGGCAUGUACGACUACACGGCGCAGAACGACGACGAGCUGGCCUUCAGCAAGGGCCAGAUCAUCACCGUGCUCAGCAGGGAGGACCCCGACUGGUGGAAGGGCGAGGUCAACGGCCACGUGGGGCUCUUCCCGUCCAACUACGUGAAGCUGACCACGGACACGGACCCCAGCCAGCAGUGGUGUGCAGACCUGCACCUGCUGGACAUGCUGACUCCUACGGAGAGGAAGAGGCAGGGCUACAUCCACGAGCUCAUCGUCACCGAGGAGAACUACGUCAACGACCUGCAGCUGGUCACAGAGAUCUUCCAGAAGCCACUCCUGGAAUCUGAGCUGCUCACAGAGAAAGAAGUUGCCAUGAUUUUUGUUAAUUGGAAGGAGCUGAUUAUGUGCAAUAUAAAACUACUGAAGGCCCUGCGGGUGCGGAAGAAGAUGUCCGGGGAGAAGAUGCCGGUGAAGAUGAUCGGGGACAUCCUGACGGCCCAGCUGCCCCACAUGCAGCCCUACAUCAGGUUCUGCAGCUGCCAGCUCAACGGGGCCGCCCUCAUCCAGCAGAAGACGGACGAGGUGCCCGAGUUCAAGGAGUUCGUCAAAAGGUUGGCAAUGGAUCCUCGCUGUAAAGGAAUGCCACUCUCCAGUUUUCUACUAAAGCCUAUGCAACGGGUAACCAGAUACCCACUAAUCAUUAAAAAUAUAAUAGAGAACACUCCUGAGAACCACCCUGACCACAGCCACCUGAAGCACGCCCUGGAGAAGGCCGAGGAGCUCUGCUCCCAGGUCAACGAGGGCGUGCGCGAGAAGGAGAACUCGGACAGGCUGGAGUGGAUCCAGGCCCACGUGCAGUGUGAGGGCCUCUCCGAGCAACUCGUAUUUAACUCAGUCACAAACUGCCUGGGACCACGCAAGUUCCUGCACAGCGGGAAGCUCUAUAAAGCCAAGAGUAACAAGGAGCUCUAUGGUUUUCUGUUCAACGACUUCCUCCUGCUCACUCAGAUCAUAAAACCCCUUGGCUCCUCGGGCACAGACAAGGUGUUCAGCCCCAAGUCCAACCUGCAGUACAAAAUGUACAAAACUCCCAUUUUUCUAAACGAGGUACUGGUAAAAUUACCCACAGACCCUUCUGGAGAUGAGCCCAUCUUCCACAUCUCCCACAUUGACAGAGUCUACACCCUCCGGGCUGAAAGCAUCAAUGAGAGGACUGCCUGGGUUCAGAAGAUCAAAGCUGCUUCAGAACUUUACAUAGAGACUGAAAAGAAGAAGAGGGAAAAGGCCUACUUAGUUCGCUCGCAAAGGGCAACGGGCAUCGGGAGGCUGAUGGUGAAUGUGGUGGAGGGCAUCGAGCUCAAACCCUGCAGGUCCCACGGGAAGAGUAACCCCUACUGUGAGGUGACCAUGGGCUCCCAGUGCCACAUCACCAAGACCAUACAGGACACCCUGAACCCCAAGUGGAAUUCCAACUGCCAGUUCUUCAUCAAGGACCUGGAGCAGGACGUGCUCUGCAUCACGGUGUUCGAGCGGGACCAGUUCUCCCCGGACGACUUCCUGGGCAGGACGGAGAUCCGUGUGGCUGACAUCAAGAAGGAUCAGGGUUCCAAGGGGCCAGUCACGAAGUGUCUCCUCCUGCACGAGGUGCCGACGGGCGAGAUCGUUGUGCGGCUGGACCUGCAGCUGUUCGACGAGCCGUAGGAGGGCCGUGCUGGGGUCCGGUCGAGUCCGCUGCGAUCCGUCGGUGUCCGCGGGAGCUGCCGCAAAGUCCUUGCCGGCGCAGCAGGAAACCGCUGCUCGCUCUUUGCACCUCAGAGGGUUAUCAAAGCAAACAGGAGCAUCUUUGUGCCUUGAUAAUUCUCACUGAAAACACGAAUCCCCGGUCUGGCGAGGAGAUCUCCCUCGAUCUCUCGACGUGGAACUUGGCGUUGGUCUCCUGGGUGGAUGAAACGACCCUGUUGGUUCCUUGUAGCUCCGGUGGGAAGGGCUGGCAGACCACAGAGGUGGCUGUGCUUGCUCCAGUUGCCCUACUCUUGAAUUCCCACGGGGAAGGCAAUGUUGGGGUGUUUGGGAGGCUUUCUGCAGGGUUUUCCCGUGAAGGAAUUCUGUGCCUAUUGCUCAGCAAAGUGGGGUGUAAAUCGGAUGUGAAUGGAAGGAGAAGUUUUGCAGCAAGAAGAUCUUUGAAGAUCUUCACGAUGGUACUGAAAAGACUUAGAAAAUAAAUAGUCUAUAUCUAUAAACAGAGAAGAUUCUAUUAACAAACCACUUCAUGACUUGCAUUGCCCCUGAAAAUAAAUGAUGUCCAGGCCUCCUGCACAGAGAUGAAUUGCACUCCAGAAGAGUCCGCCCCCCUCGGUACCUUUGGAAGCGGUUGUUGUCCACGGGACUGUAAAUGUUGGCACAGGAAGCCAAGGGUUAAGCACAGAGCCCUGCUGUGUGUCCUGCUGUACCACUCAGAUACUCCUUUACUGCUGCUGCCCAGGUGGGUGAUCUGUCACCUGCAGUGGGGAAGAAAAAACAAUCACGGCUCCAGCUCAGGAAGGGAAUUCCCAGCCCACGGAGUGCGGUUUCAAAGCAAUCAGUGGUGUCCAGGUACUGGCUUGCGCUGGGCUCACCUGUGUGGGACAAGGUGUGAUGGGAGCGGGGCAGCAGCUCGCAGCGGUCGGUGGCUGUGCUGGGUGUGACCGGAGACAGAGCCUGGGACGGUGCAGAGCGGGGAACCCCAAAGCCCUGUGACCCCGGGGAGCGCCAGGGCUUGCCUGUCCAUCCGGCUCCAUGGACACGCCCGUCCAGGCCCACAGCCCUGCUUGCAAAGCACCAGCGCCCAGCGGGCUCUUCCGUCUGGAGUCCCCGGAGCACCCGCGGAAGGGCUCUGCUGAGUCUGGACUCGAGAGGGAAACGAGCCCCGAGAGUCAAAUUCCUCUUUGUUCUGCUUGGAUUCAUUCUGUCCAUGCCCUGCCCACGCAUCCACUGGUAUUUUUGUAAGGACUUCAUUCCGGAUGGGAGGUGCCAGCCCGUGUCAUUCGCAUGUGAACGUUCUCGUGGAGCCUGUUGUUGGGUUUUGGUGUUCCUUGCAUGUCCUUCAGUCCUGGUUCCCACCUCUCCUGUGUUGGUGGUGUUCUCUAGCACUACAAGUCUUAUUGGUUUCCAUUAGGAAAUUAGGAUAUAUCCAUAACAGGUAGGUAGAUCCGUAUGGUAAUAAGUGUAAACUGUGCUGGGAAGUGUCUGUGUAUUAUAAUUUCCUAAAAGACCACUGUAAUGUUUCAAGCAAUGGGAAGAAAAAAAAAAAAGUAUGUUGGAGGGACAACAAAGUUUACAUUUCAUACUUUUCAGAAUUGCUUUAUUAUUUAUUUAUUGAAGAUAGUGUAGAAUUUUGUAUCAGAAAUGACAGACAUACUUAUGUAUUUUUUGAAACAAAACAGAGACACACACUUUAGUUAGAAACUUUCAACUGACCACAUUUUAGAGGGAGUGUAACUUCCUAGGCAUGCAUUUGUUUACCACUAACUGGCUGAAAACACGAUUAAGAGAACUUUAGGUUUCUAUUUUUCAAUGUUGUUAAGAAAAUUGUUUCAAUUAAAAUAUGUAAAUAGUACUAAACCCAUGCUUUCCUAAUUCCAUAUCAAGACAUUUUAUGAAAUAUAAUGUAUAUGAAAAUACACAUUGUUGUGGUAGGAUAAAAAAAAAAAGUGAUAAAAUCUAUUACUGGAGUAACAUUAAAUGUCAUUGUCUAACCUUU